UAUUCAUACCGUUUAGUUAUUUCAGAAGUUCAACUUUCGUUUUCGAUUUUCAGAAAACAAACAUAAACACUGAUAAAUUCAUGCCAUUGUGACAUGUACAAGUAGUCAGCUAAGCUAGUGACCAGUUUCAGAAUGGGGAGGAAGCGCCUGCCUUUUGCCACUGUCGUCAAGGAAUCGGACGCAUUCCUAAACUAUUUGCACAACAAUGAGUGCCCGGAUAUUUUCAAGCGCAACGAACUGCGAACCUUGUACGAUGAAGAUUUUGUCAAGUCUCGACGAUCUGCCUCCAAGGACUAUGUGAAAGUUUCAUUCAGAGACAUUCUAUUGCAUUUGAAAAAAACUACACGCAUUCAUGAGUUGGGCGACUAUUUUUCAUUCGCCCGAGACAUUCAGAUGCUGUAUGAGAAGUUGUCAGAAUCCUCAGAGUUUCAGUCCCAACUUGAAGAAUGGAAGAAAAUAGCUGAAGAGAACCCUUAUUUCUGUGAAACUUGCGGGAUUGAUUGUGUCUCAGAGAAAAACCUAGAGUCACAUAUAAGUGGCAACCGACAUAGGUUUCACAAACUGCACAUUGAUAUAUACCAGCAAAGAGACAAUAUGAUCCAAAUUCCAAGAGGAGUAUCUAUAAACAGCAACCCUGCCGUUGUCGACCCUGGUUUGAUGGAGAAACAGUGUAGCCCCGGCGAUGACCUGACGAUGACGUUAACGAUAAAAAAUAACAGCAAGGAUCAUAUUAUUGUAUUUAAAUGCUUCGUGGUAUUGUGGGAUACUGGCAUGUUCAAACUGUAUGAGCUUGGAGCAUAUAAUAACAGGAAACCAGUCAGGCGGAAUCGACAUCUGCAGUUUGGUGAGAAGGUAGAACUGGUGAUUGUGUGUAACGCCCCUCAGGACUUCGGCCACCACUUUGUGCCCCUGUGCCUGUACUUCAUGAAGAAAGAUAAAAAAUUGAAUGUCCCGAUCAGGGAGGAAGGGGAGGGGGCAUCCCAGCAGGAUUUUGUCCUUAGAUUUCUCUCCCUGCAUGUUAUAGGUGACCUACAUGAGACACUGAAGCCAGUGGCUAAGUUCGAGUUUCCUGAAUCCAUACCUGAUUAUCCGGUGAAAGAGACUGUACCUGGCGAGCCACUACCAGAGAAGACAAAUGAGUUGAUGGGUAAACUAGAGCCUUUCCGAAUACCGUGGUACCUGCCUGCUCAGGUUUUAAAGGGGAUUUCGGGCACUUUAGAAAGAAACAACAGGCAUAUUGCAGAUGCUAAACUCAGGCAAAAGCUGUCAGGGGAGCUAACUGCUGACACAUAUCAGACAAGGUUUCAUACCCUACUUUGGGUGGAAGAAAUACAGAUGAUGGAGGACAUAAAACGCUAUGACCUCAAACAUGUCACCUUUGACAAAGAUCCCACCACUGGUCGCCUGAUACUAAAGGUGCCCGGUUUACUGGAGCGUCGUCCGUCUGUGCUGCGCGGUGAUCACGUGUACAUCUACUCCGAUGAUAACCGUGCAGUCCGCUACCAAGGUAUUGUGCACCGUGUGGAGCUGGAACAGGUGCAUCUUGGGGUCGCACACAAGCUAAGGGAUAAAUGGAUACACCAGAAGAAGUAUGACAUUCGAUUUGAAUUUUCUCCCCUGAAUCUGUGGGUCAUGCAUCGGGCGGUGAAAAACUCUGCAGGGGUUGCCCCUAUUUUGUUCCCGACACAGUCCACCAUGUUUCCAGACAAGGAGCCUGUAACACCCAAGUCGUGGUUUGACCAGAACUUGAAUGUUGAACAGCAGACAGCAGUUAAGAAUAUAGUGCAGGGAACCAGUCGACCGGCACCAUAUAUCAUCUUUGGUCCACCGGGUACUGGCAAGACAGUCACAGUCACUGAGGCCAUCAGACAGGUAUACCAUGGGCAGACAAACAGCCGGAUUCUGGUGUGUUGUCCGGAGAACACAGCGGCUGAUCUCGUUUUCAAGAAGUUGAUCAGCACCAGUCUGCGGGGACCAGUAAAAAAACAAGACAUCUUUCGUCUGUACGCCGUUUCCAGGGCAUAUGCUAGUGUACCAAAUGUUAUCAAGGAGUCCAAACAGUUAAACUAUGAUCCAGUUGAUUUCUUCUACCCAACCAAAACUGAGGUCAAAGGCUACCGAGUUCUGGUGGUCACUCUGAUGACAGCUGGCAGGUUGGUGACAGCCUCAUUCCCCAAGAACCACUACACACACAUCUUCAUAGAUGAGGGAGCCCACGCAGUUGAGCCCGAGUGUCUGGUACCCAUUUCUGGGCUUCUGGACCCCUGGGACAGGGCUGGAUGUAGUCAGCUGGUCAUUGCGGGCGACCCCAAGCAGUUGGGACCAAUUCUCAGGGCGCCCAUUGCUAUCUUUGCUGGGCUAGAUGUGUCAUUCAUGGAGCGAAUCAUGCGAGACAUUGAGGAAUACAAACGUGGAGAAGACAGAGCGUACGACAACCAAUACAUCACAAAGCUGGUGCGUAACUACCGUUCCCAUGAUGACAUAAUCAACGUGCCACGAGCUCUCUUCUACGAUGGCGAGCUGAUUGCUGCAGGAGAUGAGAUGAUUCUCAAUUCAAUGUUGAACAAAGAUUUCCUGCCAAACAAAAAGUUCCCCCUUAUCUUUCACUCCGUGUUUGGCACAGAUGAGAGAGAGAAAGACAGCCCUUCAUGGUUUAACAGGGAUGAGGUCUCCCAGGUGGACAAAUAUCUCAAGGAACUGCUGCAAUACCAGAAGGGUGGCAUCAAACUGAAGCCCUCCGAUAUUGGCAUUAUCUCACCAUACAGGAAACAGGUUGAUAAAAUACGGAAGAUGAUCAGGAUCAAAGGUCACGGAAUUCACCAUGGGGACAUAAUGGUGGGAUCAGUGGAGGAGUUUCAAGGUCAGGAGUUCAAGGUCAUCAUCAUCUCCACCGUUCGCAGCUGUAAGGACUCAGCGUACAUGGACCAGGACAUUGUAAAUAGGCUAGGUUUUCUCCAAAACCCUAAGCGGUUCAAUGUGGCAGUGACGCGGGCUAGAGCGCUGCUUAUUGUUAUUGGCAACCCAGUCACAUUGGAGCAGGACAAAAUCUGGAAAAAGUUUAUCGAGUUUUGUGAUGUUAGAGGAGGGUUUAUGGGCCAGCGAGGCAAACUAACGUCCAACCAUGGCCUACAGGCAGACAGAGAGGAGAAGAGAGGAGAAAGUCCUACAACCAAAAGGUUUAUCGAGUAUUGUGAUGUAAACGGAGGGUUAAAGGGCCAGCGAGGGAAACUUACGUCCAACCAUGGCCUACCGGCUGACAGAGAGGAGAAGAGAGGAGAAAAUCGCAUCAUCUACAAUAGAGAGGGACCCAGUGCCAUACAGCAGAUAGAGGAUCCACCGUGGGAAAUCAGGGACUAGACAAGUUGCCAUGGAAACAGAAUGUUGCAAUAUCUAUAUUAAUUAAGUGCCAUGGAAAAAUAACAUACAGGGACUGGAUUUGUUGUCCUGGAAACUGAACAUUAAUUAAAAAAUGGUAUACCGUGGUUGGAAUUUUAACCCAUGCUUAAAAAUGCGUAAGGCAAAAUAUUUAUACAAGUUUUGUAGAUGUGGCAAUUACAAGCAUUUGUUAAAUCACGCAACAAAAUUCUAUAGCAGAGUAUUAGAAGUUCUUACAAAACAUUUUGAAUGUAAUUAAAUGUAAAUCAUUGAAAACCUGAAAUAAUAAUAAUAUUAUUAUUAUUAAUAUUAUUCCGUUUUACUGCCUUCUUUUUUAUUUAUUUCCAGAAGUCCUUUAGAUUACUGCCUUUCAGAUUUCUUAAUUUUGUUAUAUUAUUUGUGUUAUGCAUUUAUUUGUAUUUAAUUAUCAUCUUUUUAUAUUUUUACUUUUAAGAAUGUUCUUUUUUAAUCAAGUUUCCUUAUACUUAUUUUAAAGUUUGAAAGCUUUUUCUGGUCUUUUGGCAUUCAUGACCAAACCACACAGUCCCUGUUUUAUUAUAAUGAUGUCCAAAAUUAAAUUAAAUUUUUCAAAGAAAAGGCUAACUAUAUCACACACAAUUUUAUCAAUAUUGCCCUGACAUGGUUGAUGGUUUGUUGAAAUAUAUUAUAAUUUUACAUCAAUUAUUUGAAUUUAAUUUCUCUAAGAAUUUUUUCUGCCUCCUUUAUUAUAAUUAUCCCAUAAUUUUAUACAUGAUAUUUAUUCAAUUUGUGUGUGUUCAUAUUGGGACAAAAAUACCAGCUCUAAGGUCAUUGGGAAAUGAGGGUCUGAUUAUAGGGGAGAGAACUUUGUACUUUUAUGAAAUAAAGAAGUGAUGAAUUACGCAUUUACAUGUAAACAAUCCAUUAGUACUACCAUUUAGAAUGUAAAGGUUAAGUUGCAAGAACUGGAUGAAUCAAUUUCUGUAAUAAUUUGUUUGUUUUCUUGCUAGUUGAACUUGGUGUAAAACUUUUAUCAGUCAAAUUGAAUUUUAAAAUUAUGCUCUCAUAUGCUUAGUACACUUGCGGCAGAUUUUGUCACUCCAAGAACGAUUUGUCGGCAGUAAUAGUGUCCUAGGUUUGUUAAGUCCAUGAGUUUACAUCACCAAAGAUAUAGGCAGACUUGAUUAUGGUCUUUACUCAAAUCAUUUAUUUGACUUGUAUAUUUAAAAACGGGUUGUCGGAUGCAUAGUUUGAGUAUUCAGGUUUCAAAUUGAUAUAUGCUACUCCAUAAAGUAUAUAAGUCUCAGUUUCAGUUAUUUUAUUUGAGAAAGUAAAACAAAGUACAAGAUUACUGUCUGUCUCUAUUACUGAUAUCUAUUUUGAAAUUGAUUUGCCAUGAACUGCCAUAGCUAUUUUCUUCUGAUUUUUGUGAAGAUCAAAAGUAUUGAGUUUAACGUAAUCAAGAUCAUCAAGCUUUGUUUCUUUGUAAUCCUAUAAUUGUUUUUAAUUAUUUGUUAGUUCCAGAUGUUCUGGGCUAUUAAGUUUACUUUUUAAGCUACAGAAAUGCUGAGAAGAUUCAAAUGAAGCUGAUCACCAUUUUGGGAAAUGUUGCUGCUGUUGUUGUUGUAACUAUUAUUGCUUUUGUGGUUGUUGUUGUUGUUGCUAGUUCUUAGGUUCUUGGUUUUGUUGCUGUUGUUGUCGUUGUUACUAUUAUUAUUGUUGUUAUUGUGUUUGGUAAUAUCGUUAUUGAUAUUAGUUGUGUUAUCAUCGUUGCUAUUGUUAUGUUUGCUACCUAAUUUUAUUAGAGUGUCUCAUUUACUCAUUUAAAAGUGUUUGAUUUUAAUGAUCAUGUGUAUGAUAUUACUUAUCAUGUGUAUGAUAUCAAUGAUCAUGUAAAUGGCAUUGCUUACCAUGUGUAUGGUAACAAUGAUCAUGUGGAUGAUAUUGCUUACCAUGUGUAUGGUAACAAUGAUCAUGUGGAUGAUAUUGCUUACCAUGUGUAUGCUAUUAAUGAUCAUGUGUAUGAUAUUAAUGUAUGAUAUUAAUGAGCAUGUGUAUGAUAUUAAUGUAUGAUUUUAAUGAUCAAGUGUAUGAUAUUGCUUACCAUGUGUAUGAUAUUAAUGAUCAUGUGUAUGAUAUUACUUAUCAUGUGUAUGAUAUCAAUGAUCAUGUAAAUGGCAUUGCUUACCAUGUGUAUGGUAUCAAUGAUCAUGUGUAUGAUAUUGCUUACCAUGUGUAUGCUAUUAAUGAUCAUGUGUAUAAUAUUAAUGUAUGAUAUUAAUGAGCAUGUGUAUGAUAUUAAUGUAUGAUAUUAAUGAUCAUGUGUAUGAUAUUGCUUACCAUGUGUAUGAUAUUAAUGAUCAAGCAUAUGAUAUUGCUUAUCAUGCAUAUGAUAUUACUGAUCAUGCUUAUGAUAUCAAUGAUCAUGUAAAUGGCAUUGCUUACCAUGUGUAUGAUAUUAAUGAUCAUGUGUAUGAUAUUGAUUACCAUGUGUUUGAUGAUAAAGAUCAUAUGUAUGAUAUUGAUUACCAUGUGUAUGAUAUAAAUGAUCAUGUGUAUGUUAUUGAUGACCAUGUAGGCAAGAUGAAAUCAAUGAUAUUUUAAUAUAAA